UCUGCUUUCACGCGCCCCUUUACGAUCCUUAGUGAGCUAACACCUGUUUACUGGUACACUUCUUUAACACAACACUACAGGGAGAAAAUCCGGAUGGAAAUAAGGGGGUCGUUGAAUAUUCAUGUAAAAUAGUUCAUCUGAAACGCCCCACCAAGCAUGUUACUAGGCGGCCUAACCUUUGCAUGACCUUGGUGUAGCGAGAAGCAAUGGCGGCGUCGGCUAUCCCAAUUGUUGACUUCCAGAAGUACGGACUGAAUGUUGCAGACACAACGUCCGUGACGGAUGACGUUCUGGAGACGACGGCCAAAGAGAUAUAUGAUGCCUUCAGUACAAUAGGCUUCCUGUACCUGACAAACCAUGGGAUUGAGCAGAGAAAGGUCGAUGCUAUGUUCAGAGUGUCCAAGUCCUUCUUUGAUCACCCUGUGGAAGAGAAGAUGAAGUGUGUUCUGGACCACCGUUAUGGUUACCAUGGCUAUGUUGCCCUGGACAGCGAAUCGUUGGGAUCGGUUGCGGAUUUCAAGGAAACAUUCAACUUUACACCAAAGGAUGAUGGGGCGUGGCCCGCGGAUCUUCCCGAAUUUAAAUCAUCUUUCUUCUCAUUCUUCGACGACUGCAUACGACUAACAGAGAGAGUCCUCGAUGUCCUGUCUAUCGGUCUUAAACUCAAGGAUCGCAAUUUCCUCCGCGAUUGCCACCGUCAGAUGGGCAGGAAGGGGAACAGCACCACUCUCAGAAGCAACUACUACCCUCCUCUUACUGGACCCGUGAAACCAGGUCAAGUUCGUUGUGGAGAACACUCCGAUUAUGGGACAGUAACACUGUUGUUCCAAGACGACAUUGGAGGCUUAGAGGUGAUGAACACUGAUGACGUAUAUGUUCCUGUCAAUCCUGUCCCCGGCGCCAUCGUAGUCAACAUCGGUGACAUGAUGCAGCGAUGGACUGCAGAUAAGAUUAGAGCCGCAAAACACCGAGUCCUGAUUCCUGAAUCGGAAGUGAAGAAACGUCAGUACCGACAGUCGCUUGCAUUUUUUGUCAACCCUGAUGAUGACACCAUCAUUAAAAGUCUGGAUGGUUCCGACAAAUACGAAUCCAUCUCAAGCUUGGAUUAUCUGGAGCACAAGUUCCGUCAGAUUUUUUAGUUUAAAAAAAGAAACUUAGCAAAUAUGUACAUGGUGAUUUCCUCUAAAGAACACUAGCCCUUGACUUUCCAAACUUUGUGUUAUUUCAGUACAAAAUUUGCUGAAUGAAAUGAAUUGCCCCACUCCUUCUACACAGUCUUGUUCCUCGUUGAGGAAAAAACUGACAUCAUAAUUUGAAAGCAUUUCUGCUUAAAUUGAUCAAUGACCCAAUCUUGCAACAUAAGGUUUUCCUGUGCAAACAUAAUUUUUAAGUUUAACACUCGAUUCUCAGUAUUUGCACUAUUUUGUAUUGAAUUCAUAAUUGUUACGAGUCGAUUUUCAAUUUUUUCAAUAAGCUGACAAAAUAUCUGUUCGUAAUUUUGAGUGAUACCAAAAAUGUUGGUUGCUGUUUGGAUGUUCAUGUUCACUGAAAACAGAAUUGUUUUCUUACAUAGUUUGAACUAAACCAGUCCCCUGUGUUUAUGUGUUUAAACCAAACCGGAAGUAGUGCCCAUGUCGGUAUUAAGGUUGCAGUAUUUUUCAGCCAUUUAAUGGGACUAUGUGUAUAGGCGAAGCACUGGCCGCUAUCAUAUUCUUUCAGUCCGAGGGUUCAGAUAUGCACAACGAACUAAAUAAAGCGCCCCCUGUAUGUUUGUUUGAUAGGUUUUCAACACGCUCAUAAAACGUCUCGUGGUGACCACGAUGGAAAAACAUGUUUGACAUGUAUGAACUUUUGACUCAUAAACAACGACAAAAUGAUUGGAAUCUGUGUUGAGUUCAUGAUUCCAAUUGCUCUUUUUUUUAAAAAAAAACAACAUUGAUUUUUCAUACAUAACUAUGUCUGAACAGGUAUGGCCCUGGAAUGUUUAAGGUUGAAUUUUUUGGUAAGUGUGAACAUUCAAAAUGUCUUUUUGCAUGUCUUACCCGAUUCAAGAUCAAUACCGAGUCUAGCCGAGACUGUAUGACAGCCAGCACUCUCCUCCUCAUACCCUCUAUCAGCCUCCUGAUCCUCCGAAGGGGUAGUCCACGCCAUUCCUCAUGUAAAGCAGCUUCCAAUUGGGCCAGGUUCUGUACAGGAGGAUCCCCUUGUUGCACACGACGACCAGCCAUGUCCCAAACAUGCUCCAAUGGGUUAAGACCGGGGCUCAUUCAGUCGUGAGAUACGUCAGUGGGUGCUUAACUACGUUCUUUGUGUAUGUAUUGUCGUCAGUACCGUGUUCCAUAGACUUCGAUAAACUGUAUUCUGAAGACACAAUCUCUUCGCUCAUAUACUAAAAGGUGCACAAACCCGGACUCUCGCUAACCUUAGUGAGAGAGAGCAUGGUUUUACGACGCUUCUUUGUAGCAAUAUCACGGCUUGAGACACCAGAAAUGGGUUUUACACGUUGGGGAAUCGAACCCGGGUCUUCGGCGUGACGAGCGAACGUUGUAUCCACUAGGCUACCCCCACCACACAAGCUAUCCCUAGUGGGGUUUUGUGCUGACGUAGUUGGCGUAAAGAGACGCCUGUUAGGUCAUAACUUUGAGGCAUUAUCGGUAGACAUUUCUGAACACUGAUUACCCGUCCUGGAACACAUCUUGUUUGAAGUCGUUUUUGUCUUGGAAAAGCAGAUUUACAUUGUGCCAGAAAGUGUAGACAUUUCUUAUGGUUUACCUUGUCUUGAAACUACAGCUACUACAUGAAAUGGAUAUUAUAAUAAAUAUUGUGUAAUCGCU